GCUCGAGCUCAAAUAAAGUAUCGACUCCACCAUUUUUGCGUGAUAAUUUCAGAGUUCGGUGAAGGUCUCCGUGAGAAGUUUUUUCGCCAGAAAAAUCGAAAAUAAUGGCAUCUCUCUGUGGAAAAGUGGCUCUCAACGUAGCCCGAAGGAACGCCCUGUGCGGCUCCAGGCGUUUCGCCACCAAAGUUACCAUGGGUGAUCCUGUGGAGCAUUCCACUGGUUUGGAGAAGCGCGAGUACCUUUCCAAGAUCGCUGGCAACGAGAACCCUUUCGAUCUGAAGGUAAUCAAGCGCGGAGCUGGUACCAAGGGUCAACCCAACGAAAUCCCAUCCGCCUUCGAUGCCCGCCUCGUCGGCUGCAUCUGCGAAGAGGAGGCCACCAACGUUACCUGGAUGUGGCUGCAUAAGGGACAACCCCGCAGGUGCGAGUGCGGACACUGGUUCAACCUCGUACAAAAGGCCCCAUUGUAAAUUGAAACAUGUUGUGCGAUCCGCAGACUAGACUAAUUAUUAGCCGUUUAAUGAGAAACAAAAUGUAAUAAUAAAUUCUGUUUGUUCCACAGCCGCAGACUUUAUUAACGCAAUUUCCUUUGUAAUUUAUUUUUUUUGCGAAAUAAAAAGAAUUUAUUGUUUUCCAUGACA